UACAGGGGAUGACCAGAGGCUGCGGACAUAGUACAGGAGAUGACCAGAGACUGCGGACAUAGUAAGGGAAUGACCAGAGACUGCGGACACAGUACAGGGGAUGACCAGAGACUGCGGACACAGUGCAGGAGAUGACCAGAGACUGCGGACAUAGUACAGGAGAUGACCAGAGACUGCGGACACAGUACAGGAGAUGACCAGAGACUGCGGACAGUACAGGAGAUGACCAGAGACUGCGGACAUAGUACAGGAGAUGACCAGAGACUGCGGGCAGGAGAUGACCAGAGAGUGCGGACACAGUACAGG